UCCUCGUGUGGCAUUUUUUCCUUUCUCGAGUUCUCUUUCGUCUCUACUUCUCCUCUCUCUGCUAUGGCCGCCACCGCCGCCGCUGCCGCCGCCGCCGCCGCCGGCGUCGUUGGUUCUGCCUCGCAUCACUCCCGCAUCCUCCAGUUCUCGUCCUCCUCCCGCCGUCGCCAACUCUGCAUCUCAUGCACCGCCGUCAGCCCCUCACCCAUUCCCGCCUCCCUUGCGGCCGGCGACCGCGGCGUCUACAACUUCGCUGCUGGCCCCGCUACCCUACCUGAAUCUGUCAUCCUCAAAGCCCAAUCCGAACUCUACAACUACCGCGGCUCAGGCAUGAGCAUCAUGGAAAUGAGCCACCGCGGCAAGGAAUUCGACGCCGCCAUCAAGAAAGCCGAAUCCGAUCUCCGCCGACUCCUUUCUAUCUCUGAUGACUUCGCUGUCCUCUUCCUCCAGGGUGGUGCUACCACCCAGUUCGCUGCCGUUCCCCUUAACCUCUGCAAGCCCGAUGACCCUGCCGAUUACAUCAUCACCGGAUCUUGGAGCGAUAAGGCCUAUAAAGAAGCUCAGAAGUUCUGCAAACCUAACGUUGUUUGGUCUGGGAAAUCCGAGAAGUAUACGAAGAUCCCGUCCUUUGAUGCGAUCCGGCAAAACCCAGAUGCUAAAUACCUCCAUAUCUGCGGGAAUGAGACAAUCCAUGGGGUCGAGUACAAAGAUUACCCCGAACCCAAGAACAAGAACUCGAUUUUGGUUGCCGACAUGUCAUCAAAUUUCUGCUCGAAGCCUGUAGAUGUCUCAAAGUUCGGCUUGAUCUAUGCAGGGGCGCAGAAGAACGUCGGUCCUUCAGGCGUUACCAUUGUCAUCGUCCGGCGAGAUCUCAUUGGAGAUCCGCAGCCAAUCACCCCUGUAAUGCUUGAUUACAAGAUCCACGCUGAUAAUGCUUCGCUCUACAACACUCCGCCAUGUUUUGCGGUUUAUAUUUGCGCUCUGGUGUUUGAGGAUCUACUCGAUCAGGGUGGGCUUCAGGCCGUGGAGGAGAAGAAUGCUAAGAAGGCGGGUAUUCUCUAUGAAGCCAUUGAGAGAAGCGGUGGAUUCUACGUGUGCCCUGUUGAUAAAUCUGUAAAGUCUUUGAUGAAUGUCCCGUUCACUUUGCAAAACUCGGAUCUCGAGAAGAAGUUUAUUGCAGAGGCUGCAAAGGAGGGAAUGAUUCAGCUCAAGGGGCAUCGAUCGGUGGGGGGAGUUCGGGCAUCGAUAUACAAUGCCAUGCCGCUUGCCGGUGUGGAGAAGCUGGUUGCUUUCAUGAAGGAUUUCCAGGCCAGGCAUCCUUGAGCAUUAUAUUGAAUCAGAAUUCCACAGACAUGUUUUUUCCUUGAUAUUGAAAGGUCAUAUUCGUCAUUUGCAGUCUGUAAUUUUUUUACUUGGAUUCCAAAUUCCAAUCUCUAUAUGCUAUUGUAUUUCUCAUGAUCCUUGCUUCAAGUUUGCUGUUGUAGUUUUAACUGCGUUGCAAGUAUUGCAUUUAAGAUGAUAUAUACUUUGUUUGCUUUGGAUCA